AUGAGCGAUCAUCUCUCGCAGCAGCUAACAAUGCUUCAAUCUGUCGAGCGAGCGCUCUCCAACUUUAAAAAAGUUGGCAGAGCUAAUUAUACGGCGGCUAAGAUUCGUCAACGAAUGUCAACCUUGAAGGAGACCUGGACACGGUGCAUCGAGAAGCACGCUAUCUUGGCACGAGCGUUCACCGCCGAGCAGCAGCGGACCAUGGACUACUUUUCGAACACGAUUUUCGAAAAUUGCGAGGAAUACUACGAGACAACCCUCGACUACAUGGCCGACUGCCUCGAAGAGCUGGAUCCAACGCCCACCAGAACGAGCCUGUCGCAGUCCACGAUAAGUACCGCUGAACCAUCGUCUUUUUCUUUAACUCAUUUGCCGCCGAUUCAAUUACCGCCGUUUUCGGGAAAUGUCGAGGACUGGGAGAGCUUCCGCGAUCGAUUUACUUCUCUCAUAAUUCAAAAUACCGAAUUAACUGCAUUUUCGCGGAUGCAUUUCCUAGCUUCAAGUCUCACCGGUCGUGCGUUCGACACUAUAAAAUCUAUUCAAAUCACCGCGGAUAAUUUUGAUAUCGCGUGGAAAACAUUAGUUUCACGAUUCGACAAUAAACGACGGCUCGUCGACGUGCACGUAUCAGCGCUAUAUUCUCUGCCGACGGUCGCUCGCGAAUCCGCUGUCGAACUUAACGCACUUCGCGACAAAGCGAAUCGCGCUAUCGCUUCUUUAAAAAAUUUAAAUCGAUCACCCGAUCAAAUGUUGAGCGAUAUGUUAGUUUUUAGCGUCACGCAAAAACUUGAUCACGCCACUCGGAAAGCGUGGAAGUUAAAAACCGGUGACGACCCGAACAUUCCUUCGUAUGAAGCUCUCGACCGAUUUCUCGACACGCGCAUUCGUGCAUUGGAGGAAAUCUCUCCGGCUAAUGCUUCCAAAUUCUUGCGCGCGCCAAAGGUUACCAGUGCUAACGCCACUGCCGCUGGUUUAUCGUGCCCAUUAUGUCGGGCCGCGCAUUUCAUCAACAAAUGUCCGCAAUUUUUGAGGAGGACUCCGAGUCAACGCCUUGAAGUCAUUUUAAAAGCGAAGCGAUGCGUCAAUUGUUUGAGCGCAAAGCACGCUGUACAAACGUGUCCAAGUCAAUACUCAUGCAGAAUUUGCCAAAGCAAGCAUCACUCGAUGCUGCACGUUGACUCGGCUUCUUCCUCAACUGCAUCCGCUGUCUCUCAAAAAAACGAAACCUCGUCGAGUGUGUCAUCAGACUCCAUCGCGAUUACUUCGGCCACGGCAUUAUGCUCCCAGCUAACAGGCGUCGCGCUCCCGCAAAUGUUACUCGCGACGGCCCGCGUCACCGUCGGUGCACCGUCGGGUCGGACUCUCACCGUGCGAGCGCUUCUCGAUCAAGGCUCGGAGAUCACCUUCAUCACGGAGCGUCUCGCACAAACUCUCAGAAUGCGUCGCAUUCGCCAACCGCUCUCGAUUUCCGCCGUCGGCGGAAUGAACGCCGGAACUUGUCAGUUCGCCGCUAAGAUUCGGAUCGCUCCGAUCAAUCAAGCUGCUCCCGUGUUCACGACAACCGCGUCGAUUCUCAGAUCUCUCACAAAAUAUUCGCCUUACAAGGCGAAUUCCAACUAUGAUUGGAGCUAUCUAAGCGAUCUCAAUCUGGCCGAUCCGAAUCCAACAAGCGCUGACCCGAUCGAAAUCCUGAUCGGAGCAGACUUAUAUGGCGAAUUGCUGCUUAGCGGCGUUCGUAAAGGCGCCCCUGGGCAGCCAAUUGCGCAGCAAACCAUUUUCGGCUGGGUUUUGUCGGGGCCCAUGUCCGAGCUGUCGACGCAAUCGCGAGCGAUCACCGUUCAGCAUUGCGCGAAUUCGGAGGCUCUAGAUCAGGAGCUCAGACGAUUCUGGGAAAUCGAAGAAACUCCUCGACAGGCUCUCCUCAGCCCUGAAGAGCAGCAAUGUGAGGAGCAUUUCACAGCCACGCAUUCGCGCGGUGCUGACGGUCGAUACACAGUGCGCCUUCCGUUUAAGAGCGGUCCGCCGAUCGACAUCGGCGAUUCGCGCCACACGGCUGAACGCUUCCUGCGAGGAUUGCAUCGUCGCUUCCUUCUACAUUCCGACCUUCGUGCGGCCUACGCCGAAUUUAUGCACGACUACGAAUCAUUAGGACAUAUGAACGAAGUGAAGAGCGAUCAAGUUGCCUCGCAGGAAGUGUAUCUCCCUCAUCAUCCUGUCAUUCGCGACAGCAGCGUUACGACAAGAUUGCGAGUCGUAUUUAACGCGUCGAGUCUGACGACCAAUUCAACGUCGUUGAAUAAUCACUUGCUCACCGGGCCAAAGUUACAAGCGGACUUAUCGGCUGUCAUUCUGCGCUGGCGACAGUUCCGCUACGUUUAUGCUGCCGAUAUAACAAAAAUGUAUCGCCAAAUAGUUAUGGACCCGCGUGACAUCGAUUACCAGCGAAUUCUAUGGAGCGGCGCUCCUUCAGAACCCGCUCGAGCUUAUCAGCUCACUACUGUCACAUACGGCACAGCCUGUGCGCCAUUUUUAGCGCUACGCGUCAUUCGUCAGCUUGCUCAAGAUGAGGGUAGUUCUUUCCCACUCGCUGCUAUUGUUCUGCAGCAAAAUACUUAUGUCGAUGACAUUCUCUUCGGGGCGGACGACAUACCUCUUCUUCGUCAAGUUCGCGAGCAGGUAUGCGCGUUGCUUCGUCGAGGCCGAUUCGAGCUGAGAAAAUGGGCGAGCAACUCUUCUCAACUCCUCAGCGAUAUCGCUAGCGCAGAUCACGGUCUAGUUUGCGAUAAAAUGCUUCAAACAGAUGACCAUCUUAAAAUUCUCGGCAUCCGGUGGAAUCCGUCCUCUGACGCCUUUCAAUUUAACGUCACACUUCCGCAUUCCGAGCAGACUACCAAACGGUCGAUCCUGUCAACUAUCGCGAGAUUGUUCGAUCCGUUGGGGUGGAGUACUCCGGUUACCGUUGUCGCGAAGAUUUUCCUUCAGAAACUCUGGCUGCUCAAAAUCGGAUGGGACGACGUGCUUUCCGCUGACAUUCUCGAUCGCUGGGACUCCAUUCGCUCAUCUCUCGCCGCUCUGCACGGUCUUCAAUUGGACCGCUGGAUUCAACGCGGUGCAGAUUGCGUCAGAUGCGACUUACACGGUUUUGCAGACGCAUCUUCGCACGCUUACGCUGCCGCCGUGUAUAUUCGAAUAGUUUCGUUAUCCGGUGAAAUAACAGUACGAUUGUUAAUCGGAAAAUCAAAAGUCGCGCCGAUAAAAACAUUAAGUAUUCCACAGCUGGAACUCGCCGCUGCCGUGUUACUCGCGAAACUAAUCGAUUUUGUCAAAUCAUCCCUGCAUCUCCCUGCAGAUUCUUGCCACUGUUGGACCGAUUCCACGGUAGUUCUCGCGUGGGUGGCGCAACAUCCAUCAAAGUGGAAGACGUUCGUCGCGAAUCGCGUCUCUGAAAUACAAUCUAGACUCCCAAACGCGCAAUGGAGACACGUCCCCACUGAUCACAACCCCGCGGAUUGCGCGUCACGCGGUAUACCCGGUGAGAAUUUUACCUCUCACACGCUCUGGUGGCGGGGACCUGCUUGGUUACAUUUUUCUGAAUCCGAAUGGCCGGCGCCAUUCGAUUCGUCUCUUUCGAUGCCCACGAUGGAGCGAAAAGAAAACGCGGCGUCUCAUCUCGUGUCGCGACGAAAACCAUGGGACCUUGCCGCACGGUACUCUUCGUGGCCGCGUUUAAUUCGUGUCACCGCCUACAUCAUGAGAUUCAUCUCAAAGCUUAAAAGACACUCGGUGCCGCGCGACACAUGCGACGAAGGCUCCCGGUCAAUUUCCGCGCUCGAAUGUAGAAAAGCACGAGACUUUUGGUUGUUGCAAAUUCAAUCAGAAUUAUUCGCGCGGGAAAAGGAAUCGUUGUUGCAGCAACGUUCGAUUCCAGCAAAGAGUGCAUUGUUGUCUUUCACGCCAUUUCUCGGCGAAGACAAACUAAUCCGCGUUGGCGGGCGGCUGUCGCGUGCCCCCAUGCGGUUCUCCGAAAAACAUCCUAUAAUCUUAGCUGCACAUCCUCUUGUGAACCUCCUCGUGCAGCACGUGCAUUUAAGAUCUCUUCACGCGGGGCCUCAAUUAACUCUAGCUACUCUUCGUCGAGAGUACUGGAUAUUGCGUGCUCGAAAUAUCGUCAAAGCUGUCGUUUUCCGCUGCGUAGUAUGCACGCGUGAAAAGGCAGCUACUCCCAAUCAAUUGAUGGGAAACUUGCCUUCGGUGCGCGUUUCUCCUCCUGCGCGCGCGUUUAUUAAUUGUGGUCUCGAUUAUGCUGGUCCCGUUUUAAUCAGAUCAAUGUCGGGACGCGGUGUCGCUUCCCGCAAAGCCUACAUCUCCAUCUUCGUCUGUAUGGCCACGCGAGCCAUACAUUUAGAAUUAGUCGAGAGUUAUUCCACUCCAGCCUUCUUAGGCGCCUUUUCAAGAUUCUGCUCCCGACGUGGCAUGCCUGAAUCAGUCUACUCUGAUAAUGGAACCACUUUUGUAGGCGCCGAUCGCGAAUUGGCCGCAUCAUUUCGAGCCGCGCUGCGCGAUCCAACUUUUCAAAAUAGUGCCGCUUCCGACGGGGUGUCAUGGCACUUUAUGCCUCCAUCCGCGCCUCACUUCGGCGGACUAUGGGAGGCCGGGGUUCGCAGUGUCAAGUAUCAUCUUCGCAGAAUCGUCGGUUCACACACUCUUACGUUCGAAGAGUUCACAACGAUUCUCUGCAACAUUGAGGCCUGCCUAAACUCGCGCCCUAUCGCGCCUCUCACUGAUUCCGUCGACGAUUGCGAUUCUCUGACGCCCGGUCAUUUCUUGAUCGGAUCCGCGAUUACGAUCGCGCCUGAACCCUCUGUACUGCAUCUAAAUGAGAACCGUUUGACGCGCUGGCAACUUGUUCGCCAGCUCACAGAACGUUUCUGGAAAAUCUGGCAGCAGGACUACAUCAAUACCUUGCAACAACGCGUCAAAUGGAAGCAAGUUUCGAAAAACGGAGUUCGCGUCGGGUCACUGGUCCUGUUACGCAAUUCUCUCCUUCCGCCGUGUAAGUGGGACUUAGCUCGCGUCAUCCGAUGUCACCCGGGUCCAGACGGUUUGAUUCGCGUCGCGACGGUGAAAACCGCGACUUCCGAAUAUACUCGGCCUAUUGUCAAAUUAUGCUUACUUCCGAUAGACGUCGAAAGCCUGGACAACCUUACGUAA